AUGAAAAAUAGAUCAUCAGAAUUAAAUAGGGUGGAUAAAACUCUUCAGUAUCAAGUAGAAACAGAAAAAGAUUAUUGGAAAAAUGUCCUAAUAAGGGUUUGUGCUGUUGUAAAAUCUUUAUCAAGUCGUGGCUUGCCAUUUAGAGGUGAUAAUGAGCAGUUUGGAUCUUUACACAAUGGUAAUUUUAAGAUGUGUCUGGAAUUGAUAGCAGAAUUUGAUCCGUUUUUGGCCAAACAUAUAUCAAAUCAUGGAAAUCACGGUAAAGGUCACACAAACUAUUUGUCUCAUUUUACAUAUGAAAAAUUUAUUAAGUUAAUGGCAGUUAAAGUUCAAAAUAAAGUGGUUGAAGAAAUUAUAAGAGCUCGAUAUUUUUCAAUAAGCAUUGACUCAACUCCUGAUAUUGGUCACAUUGAUCAACUUUCAUUUAUAUUUAGGUAUGUUAACAGUGAUGGGUUACCGGUAGAAAGAUUUUUAUGUUUUUUGGAAAAUGUUGGACACAAGUCUCAAAAAAUGGCUGAUGCAGUUUUUUCUAUAUUAAAAAAAUACAAUUUAGAUAUUUCAUAUUUACGUGGACAAUCAUAUGAUAACACUAAAAAUAUGUCUGGCGUUUAUUCUGGUCUUCAAGCUAGGAUCCGUGAAAUUGCACCUUUGGCUGAUUUUAUUCCGUGUUCAGCUCAUUCACUUAACUUGAUUGGAUCUUAUGCGGCUAGUUGUUCUUCUACUCACCGUUGGGAUCUACUUAAAAUUAAUUUGACAUUGAAAAAUCUAUCUGAAACGAGAUGGUCAKCGCGAUAUGAUGCCUGCAAAGCUCUUAUUGAUAACUGGAGAAUCGUGAAGCAAACUUUAGUUUACAUAUCAAACAAUUUAAAUGAAAAAUCUAUUACAUGUAAUGAAGCUCGUGGUUUACUUCAUKCAAUGAAUCGUCUUGAAACUACAUUUAUGUUGAACGAUGAAAURYUUUUACAAUAUCAAGAAAAAGCAUUAACAAAAUGUGAUGUAAAUGUUUAUGRAACAACUUCUAAACGUAAAAGAAAAAGAAACAAAAAGAAUGAUGAAAUAGUUGAUCUAGAAGAAGUUGAUUUGCCUAGUGAUGUAGAAUUCAAAGUCAAUACAUAUUAUGUAAUUUGUGACUCUAUAAUUAAUGAAUUAACUACUAGAAAGUUGGCAUAUGAUAAUGUUAUAACGAAGUACARUUUUUUUUUWAAACUUGAAGUAAUGAAAACAUCAGAAGUAUAUGUAUCAGCUGAAAAUUUAUAUUUGAUGUACAAAAGUGAUUUAGAUGAAACUUUUAUAAAUGAGCGCAUCCAUUUCCAAAGUCAUCUACAAAAUAUAAAAUAUUAUCCUAAAAGUAUAAUUGAUAUGAGUACCAUGAUGAAAAAACAUGAGUUGGAGGAUAUUUUUCCAUAUGUUUCUUUGUACUCCAGCGACUAA